ACAACAAAAGAUGGAUGGUAUUCAGUGGCUUUGUUAUUUGUUGUGAUAAGGCUGUUGUAGUACAAGAAAGAUAUUUACGUACAAGGCAAGGCUUUCUGUUGCGGUCUAAGCUGAGGGAGCUUUAAUGUCUGUUCCAUGAUGUAGAUUGUGACACUGCUUCUAGCCAAGUUACCAUGACAACGCCGGUGGGAAUCAACAAGAAGCACACCGAGUGGAGGAAAUACAGCAAAACUUUGAUAGAGGAACUCAAGGAGAAGCUGGAGGACAGGAGAACGAGGACCCUAGCCCUGCUCUCAGAGAACAAGGACCUGACGGCCUUCAGAGAGAUCGAUACCGAGAGCGACGGGCUGGACGAUACCAGCACCAAUCUGACCAUCAAACACGAGCUGCCUGGAGAUGGAGCAGGAGCUGAGGGCUGUCUGGCACUGUCGUCCUACUCUGAGACAAGUUCCUUGACCGACUCGGAAUGCUAUGACCGGAUGGACGAUUGUUUUUACUCUGAGGACGUCGUCAAGUGUGAAGGGGAGUGCACCCACUCGUCCUACUCGACAUCCUCGGCCUCGAGUGAAUCUGUGAUAGAGGAGGAGAUCUGCAGCUCCACGAGCACCACCUGCGCUCAGCUGGCGUCUAAGACGCGGGUCAAUCUAGACAGGCAUGACGUCAUUUUUGCUGCAGGCAAGCUGCCAGCAGACGGCGAGAGUGAGAACUGGCCAGCCAAUGAAAAACGUUUUCUGUCUGCCAAGGGAUCCUUGUCUCACUGUAAUAUCAAGACGUCCGUCAUUUCUUUAGCUGAUGAAGCUUUAAACGUCCGCCUGACCCGCAGCUUCACCGAUCUGCAUGCAGUUAGUUGUACAGACGCUCCACAGGAGAAUCUCAAAUUAAACUCUGACGACAUUACUGCCCAAAAUGAUGCCUCUGGCUCAACGUCGUUAACGAAAAAUAUAAAUGAAAAUACUGACCAGCCUGACGUCAUAAAAACUGACCUUUAUAAACCUGAUUCACCAACUAAAGUUGUGGAUGAUGAAGGUAUCAUGGCAUGUAAAAUAAAAGAAGAACUAGCACAAAUCAUUCAUGAAGUAGUAGGGACUAGCCCUUCUACAGCUGAACUUAUACAAUCACUAGACGGGGUAGAUUUAGUAAACACUAAUAUCCCAACUGACGAGCCGCCUACAGAAACAACCACAAAAAUAAAAACUGAGAGAGACAAAUUCCCAGACUUUUAUUCCGAUGUUGACAAGGACAGCUGUGUUGGUUCGAGUGAAGAAAAGACUCACACCCCGAAAAAAAGAGAUUUUCCCGUACCACAAAAAGAAAAUUUCGAUUGUAAAAACUGUUUCGAAGACAUCUACAAAAUUUUGAAAGGCAAUGCUGAUAUAUUUAACGAUAUCAACAAAGACAUUAUCGCUUGUCUUGAGCACCAGUUGAGAGAUCCUUACUCAGCCCUGAGAAAUGUAUCAGGAAACAGCGGGUACAUGACUGUCAAGCCAAGCGAACUCGCGGGAAACUUCCCCCCUACACAAGGCGAAUCUACAGAGCGAAGUAAACAUCUGAGCCUCUGCUUAGAGAAAGCAAGACUGGCUAACUCGCUGCAGCUUAAAAUCGGACAUACGAGAAAUCGUGCAGAAAAUAUCGCCACAACAAGAGCGUACGAGAAAGCUGUCGACGAUUUGGAAGAGUGCAUGCAAGAAUUUUUCAAAUCUUAUCCUAUUGAGAGUGAAGAGCUAUCCGCGCUUCAGUUGACGUCUGCAGAAGCCACCAAAAGAUUGACGCUUCCCCCUACAUCGCCAACCAGAGAUGGAAUGGCGGCAUCUCUACGUAGGUCAAGUACGUUUGUAAUAGAAAAAUCAGGCAGCCUAAGUCCUAUGAAAUCUGAAACGAAAUAUCCGUCAAGCGGAAGUACAAGCAAGGAAAAGAAAACAACGCCUUCCGUGGACUCGGAUAAUAGUUUGAUAAACCGCGAUCUGCCGCCUAAAUGCUCGCCAACUUACAUUUUGAAUACAGAAACAGAAGACGCAGCCAAUUCAGCGCAAAAACCUGAAAAGAAAACAUGGUGUAAGGUUAAAAGGUCAAGCUCUUUUAAAUCAGGGUAUGUUUGGAGUUCUGGGAAAAUGCACGCCAAAAAAACAAAGCAAAACUCAAACUUUCUACAGCUGGGGUCGGCGCCUGCCUCAGACAGCGAUUCUACCGACAGCUGCUCGGAUAUGCUGGAGGACAGCGCGUGCAAGUACACGUCAUCCAUGCUGACGCAGCUGCUGGACUAUGACUCACAAGAUGACGACCAUUUGCCUGAUGACGUGUUAGCUCUCGCGGUUGAGGAAACCAACAAAGCAGCACCGGAAACAUUGAAAUCUCCACAAACUCCUGAUACUGUACCUGAUUUGUUUACGAAAUUAACAUCUGAAAAAGAUCUCAAUGUAAUGGCUUCUAGCAUGACGCUGAAAGCCGCUGAGGUUGAUGACGAGACUCAUGGGAACUACGAAUCAGAUUUUAACACGGACAGCAAUGGUGAAGAUGAAGAAAUAGAAGAAAUAGAAGAAAUGUUAAAGGAAGAGGUCGAUGAAAAUUUAAUUGGUAUUGAGAUGAAUAUUCUUGAUGAAAAGCAUAUAAUUGACGAGAAAAAAACUAAGGAUCACAAAGAUAAUGUAAAAUUAGAUGAAAGCAUUGUCUUGAAUGAUGAUUUAAAGAAACCCGUAGAUAACAGUGGAAUUAACGCAACUGGAACUUUAAAUUUGAGUGUAGAUGACACAGCUGUUAUAGAAAACAGACAAGCGGGUCUGGAUAAAGUUGAUGACAAACUGACUUCAACCCCGUCUAAAGAUACAAGCGAAGAUGAAGCUAUAGAAUGUUCCAGCAAAACUUUGGUCGCCCGUGGAAAGAUGACACCACACAUAAGCAGGCCCAGUCACAGGAAGUGGUUUGCUGUCAACAACGUCGGGCUCAACGACUCCGAAGAUAACGACGCGCCUUUUUUACCUAAAGUCGAGUGGUCGAGCAGCGACGAGGACAUUUUGGACGACCUCAGACGGGACAAAAGUCCGUCGGAUAUCCUUAAAGAAAAGCAGAAGGUCGUUGUUGAUGAGAAGCUUAAGAUGUUGACCCAGUGCGCCCAGAGGAGACGGAAGUCCAGGUCUCCCAUGCGGCUCAUGGCAUCCACGUCCAAGACUUUGGAUCAAAUAUCCAUACACAGCAACAGCAGCAAAGACUCUGGAAUUGGAAGCCUUAUGUUCCCCACGUCCAGUAGAAAGGCGAUUGAGCCAUGGAAAGGGUCACAGGUUAAGAGCGAAUGUGAGUACCUUGGACUCCCUACGUCUAUUUAUAGCUCUACAUGUGCUAUGGGGGACCCCAAAUACUUCGGUGACUACGACAACACAGAGAUACUCUUCCCAUCAGUUUCUGAACUUCUUUUAACAAGAAUAUCUCAGGAAACUCCGAUAAAAACAAGCACCAAUUCAACCAUGAAUUACGAAAAUACUGAAAACGACGAAGCUAGUUUAAUCACAGAAGAUUUUGACUGUGCAAUGACGAAUGAACCUACAACCUUACCAAUCAAGCUGAGUGAUAUAUCUCCUACUCGAAUUGUUCAACCAAGCACCACGCGUAAAGUGGCAUCAAUCUUCACCGCGGAGUCCCCGGUAAAGGCGGUGGAGACUCCAGCACUGAGAGCUCACCAGACCAGCCGGGAGCCGUCGUCUCUUGCCGUGUCUCUGGAACACGUCUCGUCUCUCAGUUCCACCAGCGGGGAGUACACAUUCCCUCCCCUCAGCACCAGCUGCCUGCAGGGUGAAUCUGUCCCCAGAGAGUCGACUCAAGAACCAACCGGGUGUAUCUUUGGGGGUGAAACGUGUAAUGAGUGGGUGCAUCGGCCGGCAGAAAGUCUGGAAACUGUCAUAACUGAAUUCAAUGACGACAAGACUCAAGAAAUCGGUGAAGAUAUAUUCUAUAAUGAUAUUACACAAGAUGGAAACCAGACUAUCGGUCAAAUAAAUCACUCAGGAAAUUUCUGCCUGCACGAUAGUAUUGUUAUUGAAGAGAGCGCGACGCUGAGGAAGGAUGAAAAAAAAUAUGCUCCUCGCAAUAUUUCCUCUAUAGAGAAUAUAGUGCGUCUAGCGCCGUGCGAGAACUCGACUCUGAACAGCUGCCCUAUUCCACAGAUGUUCAUGAAUGUAUUACAGAACAAACCAUUCGUUUUUUCAACCACUAAUCACGAUAACUCCUUUCAAAAUGAUGAGAAUAAGAAGUCAGCUUCUGAUAAUAACUUUGUAUUGAGUGGUGACAAACCUUGUGAAACUAUCACAACAGAAUAUAAAAUCGAGCAAAAUCUAAACUCCCUAGAUAAAACUCCAGAAACUAUUCAAGCAAGCAGCUACCAGAAUGAUGACAAAUUUGAUGAUGAAUGUAAACUCGAACGAGAUGGAAGACAAAGUACAGAAAGACGACAAAAUGAGAACCUACUUUCGACACAACAUGAGGUUCUAAACCGUGGUUUAAUUCCUGUUAUUUCUGACCGUUUACCACGCGAGGAAGACUGGACAUAUGUCGGGGAUUCGAAAGAUUUCCUAUCAUACGUUCAAGCCAACAAGGAAACAGGCCGCUGCAAGCCGCUGACCUACAAGGCCGUGAACCCGAACUUUCAGGAUUCCCGCAGUCUCAGACCGUCUCUCGCCCGCCCCUGGUGCUCCUUGUCGAAACAACGCAGCUCUGCUCAACAGAUCCACCGAGAUUGGAGUGACAUGUCCUUUGAUUCCAGAGACUGCUAUGACAUCCACCCGUCGGCGGAGAACUACUGCUUGUAUAAUUCCAAAGACCCGUGCCAGGAGACACACCCCCGGAACUUUGUGUACCCAAAGCAAGAAUCACACCUUAAAAGAGAUGACUAUCAAACAAUACUGGCUCUGUUUGACAAGGUUUCUAGCAUAGAACACCAUUUGGCUCAGCAGAAUGUAAACAUGGAAUGCGUCCAAGAGCAUCCGUGUAAAAGAUCUCCAUACUCAGGUACUGAGCUUGGGACUUGCAGUUCGAGAGAAGCUCCAUGCAGAUCGGGUCGUGCUAGGGGUUAUUGUUGUACCGACCCACGACCCGUGUGCUCGUGUUACUGCAGCUGUUCGUGUGUAUCAAAACAACCCAUCGACACGGCUGCUGGCUCCACGGGCAACACGAUAGCCAAGCUACACACGACCGUACAUACACAGUCUUCACAGACAGAGGACAAUAAAGGCGAUGGGUUGCCAGAUCAAGCUGGGGCUAGUUUGCCAAGUGAUGCAAGACAAGUAGACGAAGCUUUCGUUGAACACUUCCAAACUCUCUCUUCCAAACUCGACACGUCUUACGAGCUAUGUAAAUCCCUACAGAGUAACCUGGACAACAUCGACCAUGGCCAGGUGGAAACCUUGCGACUGGCAGAAAGUAAUGCCAAAAUAUUCGCUGAAAAACAUUGUGAACAGCUGAAAAAAUCGAUGGAUUGUAUUGAGACGAGAUUGGAGCAGCUAGACCACACCCACAGCCAAGCCAGUGCUAAGAGAGACGACUCGCUGAGAAACUUGAUCAAAGAAACGUUGGACUCUGUGGCACAACACCUGGCCUCACAAUUCCUGGAGACGGUGGAACAAAUAGAACAGAGAGUGACAACUGCCUUGAACAAUCACAGUCAAAGCCUGACUAACAAAUAUACAGAACUUACUCAUAUUAUCUCUGAACUCAAAAUCUCCAAGUAA